CCGGGAAGGGGCGGGCCGCCUCGGGCGGUGGGCGGAGGUCAGCGGGGGCUAGCGGGCCGCGGCGGCAGCGGGAAGCCGGGCGGCUGCCGGGGGACAGGUCGGUGCCCGCCGGGGCACCUGUGCGGCCAGCAUGACAGCUCUGCCCGCCCCCCCUGCCCCUAUGUCCACCGGGAAGCGGGACAAGCUGGCACAGGUAGAGCAGACCUACUGCGACCGGCUGGUGCAGGACACGCCUUUCCUGCUGAGCCCUGGGCACCUGAGCGAGCAGCAGGUGGACAGGAUCAUCCUGCAGCUGAACCGCUACUGCCCCCAGAUCCUCAGCAACAAGGAUGCGGAAAAGUUCCGGAACCCCAGGGCAUCCCUGCGCGUCCGGCUCUGUGACCUGCUGGGCCACCUGCAGCGGAGCAGCGAGCGGGACUGCCAGGAGUUCUACCGCGCCCUCUACAUCCAUGCCCAGCCCCUGCACCGCCGCCUGCCCAGCAGGCACACCGGGCAGAACUCCGACCUGGAGUGCACAGACCUGGACUUGGGCACCGCCAGCCACGCGCUCAGCGACAGGGGACCCAUGGCCUUCCUGGCCUGCCUCGGCCUGGCCGCGGGGCUGGCCCUCCUCGUCUACUGCUGCCCUCCAGACCCCAAGGUGCUGCCAAGGGCCCGGCGCGUCCUGGGCUUCUCGCCGCUCAUCGUGGACAGACACGCCAGCCGCUUCCUGCUGGCCUUCCUGGCGGCCGAGCUGGGGGGCCUCUGACGACCAGCCCCCCUCCAGCCCCCCUCCGCCCACUGCACACCAAAGAGCCCGCCUCCCCCGCCGGGGCCUCCUCUUGCCUAAAGGCUUGGAUCUUGAAGGCACGUUCUCAUCUUGCCAAGCUGUUCAGUGAAUUAAACGGGAGUCUCCUGCCUUCUCAGGA